AUGAAUGCUUCGGUUCUUGCCCACUUGGGAAAUGUUUCCAGUCACCUGAAUUUUUCAGAGAAGAACUCGCAGGUCAUGCAGUUUGAAGAUGAGGACUGCCACGUGCCUUUGGCCAUGGUCUUCACUUUGGCCUUGGCUUACGGGACUGUGAUAAUUCUGGGAGUGUCUGGGAAUCUGGCCUUGAUUGUCAUUAUUUUAAAACAAAAGGAGAUGCGCAACGUUACCAACAUCCUCAUCGUCAACCUGUCCUUUUCUGAUCUUCUGGUGACCAUCAUGUGUCUUCCCUUUACCUUUGUGUAUACUUUAAUGGACCACUGGAUUUUUGGGGAGGCCAUGUGCAAAUUGAACCCUUUUGUGCAAUGUGCGUCGAUCACUGUCUCCGUCUUUUCUCUAGUCCUCAUUGCUAUUGAACGUCACCAGCUGAUCAUCAACCCCCGUGGAUGGAGACCGAACAACAGACAUGCCUACAUGGGCAUUGCUGCCAUAUGGAUUUUAGCCACAGCUUCCUCUUUGCCUUUCCUGAUCUACCAUGUAUUGACAGAUGAGCCCUUCAGAAACAUAACAUUUGAUGAAUACAAGGACAAAUAUGUGUGCUUGGACCUGUUCCCCUUGGACACUGCCAGGCUUUCUUACACUACAACACUUUUGGUGAUUCAGUACUUUGGACCGCUUUGUUUUAUAUUUAUUUGCUACUUGAAGAUAUACAUACGACUAAAAAAAAGGAACAACAUGAUGGACAAGAUGAGAGACAGUAAGUACAGAUCCUCUGAAACCAAAAGGAUCAACAUCAUGCUGAUCUCAAUAGUGGUCGCAUUUGCAGUUUGCUGGCUGCCUCUCACCAUCUUCAAUAUCGUGUUUGAUUGGAACCAUGAAAUUCUGCCCGUCGCUACCUGCAGCCACAACCUGUUGUUCCUGAUUUGCCACCUCACUGCCAUGAUCUCUACCUGUGUGAACCCCAUCUUCUAUGGGUUUCUCAAUAAGAACUUCCAAAGGGACCUGCAGUUUUUAUUUCAUUUUUGUAAUUUCCGCUCCCAUGAGGAGGAUUAUGAGACUAUAGCCAUGUCCACUAUGCACACAGAUGUCUCAAAAACUUCUUUAAAGCAGGUGAGCCCAGUCGCAUUUAAAAAAAUAAAUAGUGAUGACGAUGACAAAAUAUAA